AGACAGACACAACCUCACCAGCAUUUUUAAAAAAGUCAAAAAGUUUCAGAAUCGCAGCCGCGACAGGAGAAUCCUCCCCUCCCCAUCUCCCCCCUACCCCAUCACCCCGGCCCCCCUCACUGACUUGGCGGCAGCUUCUCAUCUGAGACCUUUUUUUUCCAAAUUUGGGAUUUGUUGUUUAGAAGGAAAAAAAAAAGGGGACAGAGAAAUAAAUCAGUGCUGGGAUCCACUGUGGAAUUUUGGAAUAUAUGCCCCCCCCACUCACCACUCAAAAAAUGUCUGAUCCGACUGUGAAUGCGCACCUGGAAGGUAUCAUUUCUGAUUUCGAAGCAUUGAAAAGAUCCUUUGAGGUCGACGAGGUCGACCAGUCACCAAAUCCUCCCGUCCAGCCCCGUAGGACCCCAAAUCCGCUCCUUAGGGGAGCCGCAGCUACUGCUCAGAGAUUUCAGGAGCCGGGCUCUCGGAAUGCAGAAGGCCACAUAGGCAACCAGAGAUCUCCUAAAUCAUCACUAAGGCGGAUUGAGCUGUCUGGAUCUCGGCACCCAGAAACCAUGUCCAGAAGGACAGAGAUUUCCAUUGACAUCUCCUCCAAGCAAGUAGAGAACUCUGCUCCUGGCAUGCCCAGGUUUGGCCUGAAGAGGGCUGAGCUUCCUGGACACAAGCCCCCUGAACCGAUCCCAAGGAGAACAGAGGUCACAUUGGGGAAACCUUACGACCAUAGAGGGGACUCGCCCAACUCUAAAAUCCCAGAACCAAUUCAAAGAAGAGCAGAAGACACAAACUCCAAGCGAGUGGAAAUACAGGUGCCCAAAUCCCCAGAGGUUCAGCCUGUCAAACAAGUGGAAAAUUCCAUACCAGCUACCCCCGGGCUUCCUCACCAUCAGGAACCCAAAGUACAGCCUGUCCAGAUUGAGAUUCAGCAAAGAACCCCAGAAAUAAGCGAAGAGCUUCAGGGAUACCCAGGCACCAUGACGGACGCUAUUAGAGACAUCGGGGUGAAGCAGCCCCUGCCUGCCCGGGGGGUAGGAGAGAAGCCCGCCACGGAAUUCGGAUAUGUGGGUAUAGACGCUAUUUUGGAGCAGAUGAGGAAAAAGGCCAUGAAGCAGGGCUUCGAGCUGAACAUUAUGGUAGUGGGUCAGAGUGGGCUGGGAAAAUCCACAUUAAUAAAUACCCUCUUCAAAUCUAAAGUGAGCAGAAAAUCCGUGCAGCCAACAGCAGAAGAGCGCAUCCCUAAAACCAUAGAGAUUAAAAGUGUCACUCACGAAAUCGAGGAGAAAGGGGUGCGAAUGAAGCUGACAGUCAUUGACACUCCAGGCUUUGGGGAUCACAUUAACAAUGAGAACUGCUGGCUGCCCAUUAUGAAGUUUAUUAACGACCAAUACGAGAAGUACCUUCAGGAGGAGGUCAACAUAAACCGCAAGAAACGCAUUCCCGACAGCCGAGUCCAUUGUUGUAUUUACUUCAUCCCCGCCACCGGGCACUCACUGCGACCCCUGGACAUCGAGUUCAUGAGACGUCUCAGUAAAGUAGUCAACAUUGUCCCUGUCAUUGCCAAAGCCGACACUUUAACUCUAGAGGAAAGGGACUACUUCAAGCAGCGGAUUCGUGCCGACCUCCAGAACAAUGGCAUAGAUAUCUACCCCCAGAAGGAGUUUGACGAGGAUGCAGAGGACAGGCUUGUGAAUGAGAAGAUCAGGGAAAUGAUCCCAUUUGCCGUGGUGGGAAGUGACCAGGAGUACCAGAUUAAUGGCAGGCGGAUACUGGGGCGCAAGACCAAGUGGGGCACUAUUGAAGUGGAAAACACAGGCCACUGUGAAUUCGCCUGCCUACGGGAUCUUCUUAUCAGGACACACAUGCAGAACAUUAAAGAUAUAACCAGUAGUAUCCACUUUGAGGCGUACCGUGUGAAGAGGCUUCAGGAGGGCAAUAUGAUGUCCAAUGGGACAACGGAAAAAGACUACUCAUCCAAUGAGAUGUAAACCCGCCCAUGGCACACCCACCUCUGCCAUAUUCUUGUGGUUUUUUUUGUUUUUUUUUCUUUGUGUCUGUCUUCUACUCCCAUUCUUGUUCCAUGAGGAGUAGGAACCUGAUAGCUGGGGCUGGAAGCCCGGUAUGUUUGGGGGAGUUUUUUUUUCCACCCCCCCCUUCUUAAGUCUGGUCUUUGUACUGGAGAAAGAAUGGGGAGCGAGGCAUAAUAUUAGAGUAUUAAGGGAGAGUGAAAGCGAAUAUGUUUCUUUGCUGAUCUGUGUGCUGUGCCUCUGUGAAUGGAACUAGGCAGCCAUUGUAUUGCAGGCCACGCCCCCGAUACGCGGAUUUGUUUGGUUCGAUGAGAGGGAUCCCCUCCCACAAGUCGUUGCCAAGUGGCGGUUGAUGUGUAAAGUGAAAGUGACUGCAGGUGUUCAGUCUCCCUCAGUUUGGAAGGUCGUUGUACGUAGGAAGGAACUGUACAAGAAGGUUUGGGAAUAAGAGAGGGUUUGAUUAUAGUUUUCAUAUCCGUCCAAGAUGGAUCCAUGUAUUCUUCAUUCACCUUCUAUACUUGUGUCUUUCCCCUUAAUCACCCCCCUACCCAGAGCUGUAGGAUAAAUAUAUCAGUAUAAGGGUUAACCUGUAUGUGGUAUCUUUUUGUUAUUUUGUGUUACAUUCCGGGUGUUUACUGGAAGUCUCUGUAUCACGGAGCCCGAGUUAGGGCGGGGCUCGGGCAAACGAGGAGGGCGGCGCCUAUUUCAUAUUUAAAUUUCCUUCCACCGCGUUAUCCGUCGUUACGCUAGCCGCCCUACGUACUCCCCCCCCCCUUACUGAAACAUCCUUCCGAUUAAAGAAACAUACAAAUCAUUUACUUGUCGAGUUGCUACGUUUUAGCAGUUUUUCUUUUUAAAAAAAAAACAAACUAUAUUUACUGAAAGAUAUAUAUUUUAUACAAAAAGGAAAAAAAAAACAGAUUUCAUAAAAGUGGCCUUUUAUUUGAUUUAUAUGCAUUAUGACAAACUAGUCUUUUUUUUGUAAAAAUAAUAAAAAAAAAAAAUGUGUUUUAAAAUGUAUUUCCUAAAAUAAAUGUUGCAAACACCAA